AUGCCUAAUGGUCAACAUGUCUUUGAACGGAAUAAAAACAGACUAAGCUAUAGCCAUCAAUUAUUCAAAAUUGAUCUGACUCAGGUCAAGGGUCCUGAGAAACAAAGAUUAUCUGAUGGUACCCUACCAUCUCAAGAUUUGACUCAUGAACUUGAAGUAGAAUUUCUAGACCCACGAAUCUUACUUGAGGAAAAACUUAAAAUUGAAAACCAACAGAAUACUUGUGCUGUUGAGUCUGAAUAUAGUAUUGAAGCCUUUGCUGAUGUUCAUAGUGAUAAUAACAUU